AAUCACAUGCAGACACGGAGGCGGGGUCACGUAAAGAGUCCGCCGGGUCCGGAGAAUUUCCGAAUUCCCCGCUGGCUCCGGACGGCCUUCACUGACCGUCCGCAGGCAGGGCGCACCAGAGCGGCGUUGUCGUGUCAGCCACUGGGGCUUGCGUGAAAUCCGGCGUUCCGUCCAAGAAGGCGGCAUUUAAACUUCGCUGUGUUUGAAGGAAGAGUUUAAAUCCUUAGCUGUACUCCGGCAUUUCGUACACCGGAUCCGGGUGCCUGUGGAGAGCGAUCACCUUGCAUGCCUUUGUGUCUGGUGUAAUUGGUAAAAAAAACGACCCGCAUUGAGGUGAAAUGGCUUUGCUGUGCAUCUAUAAGUGUGCAUUGUGCAGCCUGAGGAACCAAAUACUGCUACAGAGGAGCUUGUCCACAUAUACCUCUGUCUACAGAGUAAAUGAAGAUGAUAUCAAGGGAAAACUCGAGCAGCUCCGUGGUGGAUCUGUUGAUCUGCAGAAAGAUCAAAAUGGGAUUGCCACCAUGAUCAUAAAUCACCCUGAUCGAAUGAAUGCAUUUUCAGGGACAAUGAUGUUGGAAUUCCGAGAUAGAGUAGAAGAAUUGGAGCAUUGGACUAACGGGAAAGGUCUUAUUUUACGAGGUGCAAAUAAUACAUUUUGCUCUGGCUCUGAUUUGAGAGCAGUAAAAUCAAUAUUAAACCCUGAGGACGGGUUGAAAAUGUGCAUGUUCAUGCAGAACACUUUGACAAGACUUCUGAGACUACCUCUGAUCAGUGUCGCUUUAGUUCAAGGGAAGGCACUAGGAGGAGGAGCAGAAGUAGCUACAGCCUGUGAUUUCAGGCUCAUGACACCAGGAAGUGAGAUUCGCUUUGUUCACAAGCUCAUGGGAUUGGUGCCAGGAUGGGGCGGAGCUACUAGGCUGAUUAAACUGAUUGGAUAUCGGAAUGCUCUUAAACUGUUGAGCAGUGCCCAGCAUGUGGAUCCUGAAACGGCACAGAAUAUUGGGUUGGUUGAUGAAAUUUUAGAAUCCCCGGAUGAGGAGAGUUCCUUUAAGGAGGCUCACAAUUGGCUGAAUGAAUACGUCAGGGGAUCUUCACAAGUUGUUAGAGCCAUUAAAAAUGUUGUAGUUUCAGGGAGGGAACUGUCGCAAGAAGAAUCACUGAGAAAUGAGAAGAUUAUAUUUGGUACUCUCUGGGGCUCCCCUGUAAAUCUGAAAGCUUUGGCUGAAAGAAUCAAACAUAAGUAGUGCAGAUGAAUUAAACUGUUCGGAAUGCAUCAGCCCAUCUGUCGAGUAGAGUUAGUUUGCAGUGUAUUGCUGUGUUGCAUUAUCAAGUGCUGAAUGGUACAACGUUUACAAUUUUUCUCAGCAACUGCCGUUUGUAUAGUGUCUUUAACAUUGUGAAACAAUCCAAGAAUGUUAUUAAAUGUUUUAAUGUCUUGCAUCAUACUGUUGCCACAAAACAAAUUUCACUACAUGCAAUCAUAAUGAACCUAAUUUUGAUUCUGGUUCUGAAAAUAUAACUCGGCCACAUGCAUAGAUGUCAAGGCAUAUGACCUUCCCAGAGGAAUACUUAGGCAGUCCUUGAUGCCACUUUAUCAGAAUCAUUAAUGUGCAAAGAAGUGGUUGGUUAUUUAACUGGGAGCUAAUGUAGGUGACGCAUGAACGGAACUUAGUACUGGUUAGGAUAGUAAAUAGCAUUUUAGUUUUUAAAUACACUACUUGCUCUAUCUGGUACAACCAAUAAUCCAAUUUGCAAUGAAAGCUAACUGCAAUUUAACAACCAAUUGCUUACAAAAUGCUCUUGGGUCUUCUGAAGAUGUCUAAGACACUGUACAAAUGGAAGUUAUUUAUUCUGUCUCUCAAUCUAAAAUGUACAGUAAUCAUAGAAUAAUUCCAUAAUACAUUUCUUGUUGGUGAAUAGUCCUACAGUGUUAACUUGGUCCCUUUAUUACUCAGUUUUGAUAAUAAUAAACCAAUAUUGGUAUCA